CUCGUGGCUGUAGAGAAUACGAUUUUCCAAGCAAUAUAUACAGAGAGUGUUGCUGAUCUUUUUGGCGUAGCUUUCUUGGAUGACUUAAUACAAAUUGCUUGCGUACGCUAUCAACCCUAGCUAUGGAACGCGCGUUAAGAGGUUUUCUAGAGCGUUUUCCUGACGUUAAACAUGACACAAGCUUUGCAAAGGCGCUUGCUCACCAGGCGACGCUGGACGAGAUUGCGUCAGCUCUGGAGGCCCUCCUCACCCAGCCCGUCUACACGCUUGCCCUAGGGGGUGCACUACGUGGCUGCGGCUCGCUGCUGCGGCUGCUCAGCUACUUAGUGGAGCGCCGGCUCGCCUUCACACCAGUCCGCGAGGAUGGCGGGUUCGCAACCAUGCUUGUCACGGUGCUGGAACUCGCACCGCAAUGCGGCAGGGUCGUGCAGCGGUACCUCGAGUGUAGCACGCCGCCGCAGGAGCUAGCUUGGCGCUCGCAGCCCGCAAGCACGCAGGCGCCCGGCCCCGCUGCAGCGGAUGCGGACCUGGUAGCCACGGCCCUGCGCGCGCUGCAGCUGCUGCCGGGUCUGCGGCAACACCCCGGGUGGACCGCCGGGUCCUUCAUGCGCCUCCUGCAGCACCAGUCGCCUGAGGUGCGCUGGGCAGCGACGCAAGCUGUGGCGCUGCUGCUGAACAUGAGCGAUGCCAGCCGCUCAACGCUUGCCGGCCAGCUGCUGAGCAGUGAGGAGCAGGUGGCGGCGCUGGCGUCCUGGCAAGCGCGACGCAACGCAGCGGCCCUAGAGCAGGCGGCUAUGUGGCUGCACGUGCCGGCGGCUUGCGAGCACUGCAAGGAGGCGGCAGCAGAUGCCAGCAGCGCCGCUGAUGCUGCCCCAGCGGAGGGGAACGAAGCCAG